AUGGCGGAUGCGAAUGCCAUAGAAAUCGCCUGGAAUCCUUCCUCAGACCAAGCCCUCAAGGCGCAAGCCUUUGAUUACCUGAACCAACUCCGUACCGACCCCUCGGGAUGGCAAGUCUGCCUCGCCCUCUUCACAAAGACUCCCCAGCACUCUGAGAUCAUACGACACGUAGCACUAGAGGUGGUAAACAGUGCCGCCCAGGCUGGACUGAUUGACCCUCAGGCUCUAGGAUAUGUCCGGGACGGCCUCAUGAACUACCUCCGCCAGGUUUAUGGACAGGAGAAUGCAAACCCAGAUCCUCCCAACAUUCAGAACAAAAUCGCCCAGACGAUUACCUUCCUCUUCUCGGCACUCUACGGUAGCGGCUGGGAGUCCUUCUUCGAUGAUCUCUUGAGCUUAACAUACAAGGGUGCCUCCAGCACGUCGCCUGACAAUAUGCUGGGAAUUGUAUUCUACCUUCGAGUCGUCAAUUCUAUCCACGAUGAAAUUGGUGAUGUCCUCGUUUCCAGGUCUCGCACGGAACAGGAUAGGGCAAACUCGCUAAAGGACCUCAUUCGAAUGAGGGACAUGCAAAAGAUCGCAAGCUCGUGGCAACAGAUUUUGUCAGAAUGGCGGGACGGCAACGACUUGAUCGUAGAAAUGUGUUUGAAGGCAGUUGGUUCCUGGGUUGGCUGGAUUGAUAUCAGCCUCGUGGUCAAUCAGACAAUGCUCGAUCUCUUGUUCCAGCAACUGGCCCGGGCACAGAAGGCGGAGCUCAGGGCAGGAGAAGAGAAGGUGCGGGAUGCAGCAGUCGACGUUUUUACGGAAAUUAUCGGCAAAAAGAUGAAGCCGGAGGAUAAGAUUGAUAUGAUUAUUUUCUUGAAUCUGGACACCAUCGUUUCUCAGCUCUCCAACAGCCCCCCUCUUUGUGAGAAUAGGUUUACCUUCAAAUACGAUACGGAUCUGGCUGAAACAGUUGCGAAGCUAGUCAAUAGUACAGUGGUUGAUAUUGUACGGGCUUUGGAACAGGAGAACAUCUCCGCAGAAUGCAGGGAGAAGGCCAAUGGGCUAUUGCAGGCUUUCCUUCCGCACAUCCUGAGAUACUUUUCCGAUGAAUACGACGAGGUCUGCUCGACCGUCAUCCCCUGUGGCAGCGACCUCCUUCAAUACUUGAGAAAGGUCUCCAAGACCGACCCUUCUCUUACCGCCCAGCAUUCUCCCAUCUUACUCCCUAUCUUGAAGGCCAUCAUUGCCAAGAUGCGAUACGACGAGACUUCCUCAUGGGGCGACGAGGAUGACCAAACUGACGAGGCAGAGUUCCAGGAACUCCGCAAGAGACUAGCCAUUAUGCAACAAACUGUCGCUUCUGUGAACGAACAGCUCUACAUAGACGCUGUCUCCGAAGUUGUUGCAACUACCUUCGAGAACCUACGACAGUCGGGUGCGCAGUUAGACUGGCGUGAUCUGGACCUUGCCUUGCAUGAAAUGUUCCUCUUUGGAGACAUUGCCGUGAAGGCAGGCAGUCUCUACACCAAGAAUCAACCCAACAAUCAGGCAGCAGAGCGACUAAUUGAGAUGAUGUCAAGAAUGGUAGAGUCCGAUAUUCGCUCCUUCACCCAUCCGGCGACCCAGUUACAGUACAUGGAAAUCUGUGUUCGUUACAGUUCAUUCUUCCUGUACCACACUAAUCUCAUCCCCGGUGUCUUGGAAAGCUUCCUUCAACUUGUUCAUCACCCCACGAAGAAGGUUAAAACCAGAUCCUGGUAUCUUUUCCAGCGUUUAGUCAAGCAACUGAGAAGCCAUAUCGGCAAUGUUGCGCAGACAGUCGUCCAGGCCCUAGGCGAUCUUUUGGUGAUCCAGGCGGAAAUUCCUACAGAAGGCGCUGACGGUGAUGAAAUGUCGUCGGAGGAUCAUGAAGGGUCCGCAGAUGCUGUUUUCAACAGCCAGCUUUACCUAUUCGAAGCCGUUGGCAUUAUUUGUUCCACCCCGACUGUCGCUGCCGACAAGCAGGUCCUGUAUGUGCAGUCAGUACUAAACCCUGUGUUCAUGGACAUGGAGAAAAAUCUGGCGCCGGCGAAGUCCAACGACGAGAGGGCUUUGUUACAAAUACAUCACGAUAUUAUGGCCCUUGGAACAUUGGCAAAAGGCUUCUCGGAUUGGAUGCCAGGAACCAGUUCUCCGACCUCGCUACCCGCGCCUGAGGUUUCUGAGGCAUUCUUGCAGGUGUCUGAGGCUACUCUUGUUGCUCUUGAGUCCCUUAAAACUUCUUUCAAUAUCAGGACAGCCGCCCGAUUCGCCUUUUCUAGACUCAUUGGUGUCCUUGGCUCUCGAAUUCUCCCACAGCUCCCGAGAUGGAUCGAUGGCCUACUAACCCAGACUUCCACUCGGGAUGAAAUGGCUCUUUUCUUGCGUCUUUUGGACCAAGUCAUCUUCGGGUUUAAGGGCGAAAUCUACGCGAUACUCGAUACACUGUUGACGCCUUUCCUACAACGGGUGUUCGCCGGCAUUGCCGAUCCCACUACCGGUACCGACGACGAGAUUCAGCUUGCGGAGUUGAAGCGGGAGUACUUGAAUUUCUUAUUGGCGGUUUUGAAUAAUGAUUUGGGUGCCGUGAUCAUCAGCGAGAGAAACCAACCCAUGUUCGAUACCGUCAUCACAACCAUCGAACACUUCGCCAAAGACAUCGAGGACUUUACCACCGCGAAGAUGGCAUUCUCUGUACUCUCCAAGAUGGGCAGCUCCUGGGGCGGUCCUGACAUCGCACCGGAGGCGACGAAUGGCGCCUCCCAGCAGGUUGCUCUCCCCGGAUUCGCCCAGUUCAUGAUCAGCCGAAUGUCGCCCUUGUGUUGGGCACUUCCCGCCACCCCAUCCUUCAAUCCCAAAGACGCACAGGCCAAGCAGGUUCUCGCCGAAGCUGGAGGAUUGCAGCGCACCAUUUAUUGCAAGACCGGCAUGGAGUAUAUCCAGUACCUUCGUGACCAAGAAUUGCCCGGCAUGGGAAUGGGUGGUGAACUCAUAGAGGAGUUCUUGAACGCAUUAGGCCAGCUAGACUUGAAGGGAUUCCGGCAGUUCUUCCCGGUAUGUACAGCCAGGUAG